AGCUAGUUGUUGCUCGUCGUCUGAGGGUUGAGCGAUGAUUGAAAAUAAUGGCGACGCGUUUUUUCUGACUUCAGCCCAUGGAGCGAUCUUGGGCUGAUAAAACGAACACUUUGGAUGCUUUCCCUGCACUUCCGACAACAACAUUAAGGAAAAUCAGACAAGAAAAGGAGUACUUUCACUCUAAGCCACAAGAAAAUUUUAUAUCGCUACUACCACGGUUAGCUAUCGCUAGCUGUUGUGCCUGCUAGCUUGCUAAGUUGAAGAGGUGGCAUUCUUGUGUGGAAACAGGGAAGAGCAACGAGCACCCUGCUGAAAGCUGAGAUCUGUGCAUGUUAGAAAUGUGUGUACUUUAUGUCCCUGUUUAGAUAAGAGUUUUUCAGGUGGGUACAAUAAGUGAGCGCCGAAUUGCUGUUGGCGUUAGGUUCUAGUUUUUGGAAGAGGCUCGGGCAGGGUACCCAAAGCAGAGACUACCUUCACUUGAGGAUUGUUGUUAAGACAUUUAAUAGGAAAGCUGCCUUCCAGCGCAGCGAUAGCUUGCUAGCCCACACGCUUAAGGAUCGUUGUAGAUUUGCAAGAUAUAUUUUUUUGUAAAUGACCACCGGCAGGAACAACCGAGCGAUGAUGGAAGGGGUAGGAGCCAGAGUGGUCCGCGGACCCGACUGGAAGUGGGGGAAGCAGGACGGUGGCGAGGGGCAUGUUGGCACGGUUCGGAGUUUUGAAAGUCCAGAAGAAGUGGUUGUUGUUUGGGAUAACGGGACUGCUGCCAACUACCGUUGUUCUGGAGCUUACGACAUACGGAUAUUAGACAGUGCUCCUACAGGUAUAAAGCAUGAUGGAACCAUGUGUGACACCUGUCGCCAACAGCCAAUCAUCGGCAUUCGCUGGAAAUGUGCAGAGUGCACCAAUUACGACCUCUGCACAACCUGUUACCAUGGAGACAAGCAUCAUUUAAGACACCGGUUCUACAGGAUCACCACUCCGGGCAGUGAAAGAGUACUUUUGGAGUCGCGUCGCAAAUCCAAGAAAAUCACAGCCAGAGGGAUCUUUGCUGGUGGUCGGGUUGUGAGAGGAGUCGACUGGCAGUGGGAGGACCAGGAUGGAGGCAAUGGGAGGAGAGGGAAGGUGACAGAGAUCCAGGACUGGAGUGCGGCCAGCCCUCACAGCGCCGCCUACGUACUGUGGGACAACGGGGCAAAGAACCUGUACAGAGUUGGCUUUGAGGGAAUGUCUGACCUGAAAUGUGUCCAGGAUGCCAAAGGAGGCUCAUUUUACAGAGACCACUGUCCUGUUUUAGGUGAGCAGAAUGGCAACAGAAAUCCUGGUGGUCUUCAAAUAGGCGACCUGGUCAACAUUGAUCUGGAUCUUGAGAUUGUUCAGUCCCUUCAGCACGGCCAUGGGGGGUGGACUGACGGCAUGUUCGAGACCCUCACCACCACAGGCACAGUGUGUGGCAUCGAUGAGGACCAUGAYAUUGUGGUUCAGUACCCCAGUGGGAACAGAUGGACGUUCAACCCAGCAGUGCUGACAAAGGCUAAUGUAGUGCGCAGCGGUGAAGUUGCAGCCGGUGCAGAAGGGGGAAGUUCCCAGUUUCACGUGGGAGACUUGGUUCAAAUCUGCUACGACAUCGACCGCAUCAAACUGCUGCAACGAGGCCACGGAGAGUGGGCUGAAGCAAUGCUGCCCACCCUGGGCAAGGUAGGCCGCGUGCAGCAGAUCUACUCUGACAGUGACCUGAAGGUUGAGGUGUGUGGGACUUCCUGGACGUACAACCCUGCUGCUGUCACAAAGAUAGCUCCGUCUGGCUCUGCUGUCAGCAAUGCCUCUGGAGAGCGUUUGUCUCAGUUAUUGAAGAAGCUUUUUGAGACACAAGAGUCCGGGGACAUCAACGAGGAGCUGGUCAAAGCCGCAGCCAACGGAGACCUAGCCAAAGUGGAGGACAUUCUUAAGAGGCCUGACGUGGAUGUAAACGGUCAAUGUGCUGGACACACUGCUAUGCAGGCAGCCAGUCAGAACGGUCACGUGGAUGUUUUAAAGCUGCUGCUUAAACACAGCGUGGACCUAGAGGCUGAGGACAAAGAUGGAGACCGUGCAGUGCACCAUGCAGCKUUUGGUGAUGAAGGUUCUGUCAUUGAGGUGCUGCAUAGGGGUGGUGCUGACCUGAAUGCCAGAAACAAGCGAAGGCAAACUCCAUUGCACAUAGCAGUCAACAAGGGCCAUCUACAGGUGGUUAAAACCUUGCUGGACUUUGGCUGCCACCCCAGUCUUCAGGAUUCAGAGGGAGACACACCUCUGCACGAUGCUAUUAGCAAGAAGAGAGAUGACAUGUUGUCAGUGCUGCUGGAGGCCGGUGCAGACGUCACGAUCACAAACAACAACGGCUUCAACGCCUUGCAUCAUGCUGCCCUGCGAGGAAACCCCAGUGCCAUGCGUGUGCUGCUCUCCAAACUGCCGAGGCCUUGGAUCGUAGACGAGAAGAAGGACGACGGUUACACGGCGCUGCACCUGGCUGCCCUCAACAACCAUGUGGAGGUGGCUGAGCUUUUAGUGCAUCAGGGCAACGCCAGCUUAGACAUUCAGAAUGUCAACCAGCAGACGGCAUUACACCUUGCAGUGGAGCGCCAGCACACUCAGAUAGUUCGGCUGCUGGUGCGGGCCGAGGCCAAGCUGGAUGUGCAGGAUAAGGACGGGGACACACCUCUUCACGAGGCACUGCGCCACCACACGCUGUCCCAGUUGCGACAGCUCCAAGAUAUGCAGGAUGUCAGCAAAGUGGAGCCCUGGGAACCCUCCAAGAACACGUUAAUCAUGGGUUUGGGCACCCAGGGGGCCGAAAAGAAGAGUGCAGCAUCCAUCGCCUGCUUCCUGGCAGCCAACGGAGCAGACUUGACCAUUCGCAAUAAAAAGGGCCAGUCCCCACUGGACCUGUGUCCAGACCCCAGCCUCUGUAAGGCUUUGGCCAAAUGUCACAAAGAGAAGAGCAGUGGUCAGGUGGGCACCCGCAGCCCCUCUCUGAACAGCAACAUGGAGUCCCUGGAGGAGUGUAUGGUGUGUUCAGACAUGAAGAGAGACACUUUGUUUGGACCAUGUGGACACAUCGCUACCUGCUCGCUGUGCUCGCCACGUGUCAAGAAGUGUCUCAUCUGCAAGGAGCAGGUCCAGUCCAGAACUAAGAUCGAGGAGUGUGUAGUCUGCUCUGACAAAAAAGCAGCCGUGUUGUUCCAGCCCUGUGGUCACAUGUGCGCCUGUGAGAACUGUGCCAGCCUCAUGAAGAAGUGCGUACAGUGCCGGGCUGUGGUGGAACGCCGCACCCCCUUUGUUCUCUGCUGUGGAGGGAAAGGUAUGGAGGAUGAUGCCGCUGAUGAUGAUGAUGAUGAUGAUGAUGAUGAUGAUGAUGAUGACCUUACAGGGAGCUCUAACUCUAUGGCAGGGGGAUCGCAGGAUCUUCUCCAGCCCAACAAUCUGGCACUAAGUUGGUCCAGUGGAAACAUCCCGGCCCUGCAGCGAGACAAGGAUAACACGAACGUGAACGCCGACGUCCAGAAACUCCAGCAGCAGCUACAAGACAUCAAGGAACAGACCAUGUGUCCGGUGUGUCUGGACCGGCUGAAGAACAUGAUCUUCAUGUGCGGCCACGGCACCUGUCAGCUCUGCGGGGACCGAAUGAGCGAGUGCCCCAUCUGCCGAAAGGCCAUCGAGCGCCGCAUCCUCCUUUACUAGACCCCCCCACCCCCCACCUCCCUGUACUAGAGCCCAAACUGACAUCUCCUGCAACAGAAGCUGCUGCCACCUUCACAGCACUCGAGUCAGCCAGCCGCGUCGUAAACGACAUCACAACUGCUCUUUUUAAUCUCGUCACAUGGAACUGUUACAAAGCGUAGAAGAAAAAAAUCUGAACUGGCCUAAGUUGGUUUUGUUGUUUUUGUUUUUGUGUCUUCAGUCAAAUCACCUUCUUUACACUUUGCUUUUUUCCCAGUAUUUUAACUUUGAUUAUGGUUUUUCUCUUUUUUCAGGCUGGUGUUCAGGUUCACUUGAGUAUGAACUUAAAGGGCAAAUCUUGUAUCCUGGAUUUGGCCUUUGUGAAAAAAAGCUCUGUCACUUUCUUUCUCAUGUGAAGUUCUCACGCAUGUGUUGCGUUUAGUCCCAGCUGUGGUCGAAAUGUAUCGUAUUUCUAAACUUUUAUGCAAGUGUUUUGGUACUGGAGAAUCUAAAUGUGGUCUCGACAUGCUUAUUUUUCCACGACAGUAUGGAAAGUUCCGGAAACACGGCUCUGUUUAGAGGUUUGCUUGUUUCAGCCUGAAGUUUGUGUUCGUGUCGGUUGAUGUGACGGCUCUGGAUCCCAACUGUCCUUGCAGCAGAAGACCAAAAGUUGGCAGUUUUGCACUAGAAACUUUUCCACAAAAAGCUUUGCUCGCACAGAUUGCGGAGGUCCAUUUCAGUUGCGUAACAGCGCGCACACUUUAGUCCGUCAGCUUGCAGGUAGCACGCCUGUUCUCUGUUUACCGAACUGAAACAACAGGCGUUGUUGCGACACACUUCAGCUGUCGUGUAGCUGCGUUCAGCUUCUGUCCUCUGUUGUAACUCUUUACUGCACAAACCCACGUGAUGCAAACAUUUCUACAACUAAAGUAUCUCAACACACCUUAAUGUUCAACUGUUGAGGCUUGGUGUUAUUGUCUGAAGACACUAACGAGCAUUGCUAAUUCACCAUUGAUGAAUUGGUGCCAUUUGCUUCCAAAAAUCUUCUCGGUUAAUUUAUAUGGGGAUAAGGUGCUCUGUAUCUUGUAUUAAUUUUUAAUUUAAGCGUAUUUUCUUUUCUCAAACACAUAUUAAGCUAGAGAAUACAGUCUAUUAGAAGAUGAAAUAGUAGAGUAAAUUAUUUUGUAUUUCUGCCCUAAUGAUAGGAUUUAUAGACAUCACUGCCUUCCUACUAUGUAGCCUCAAGAUCUGUCAGACGUUCUUGCUUAGAUAUCGUUGAAUUAUGUGAUGUAUUUUUGUUGGCGAUAGUUUUGUAGCAAUCCUCAGUAGAAUCUUGUUUUCUAAAGUAGCUGUAUGUAAGCCUAGUUAUGUUUAUUUGUGAAACAGAAAAAAAAUACAUUUUGUUUAAAGUGUCAAGUAACUUUUCAUCAGUGUUUUAUUUUGGAGGGGGAAAAUGUUUAAUGAUUGAACUUACCUUUAAAAGGCAACUUAUGGAGACUGAGUUAAAUGCCCAAUUUUCAACUACAAACACUUAUUUUUUUAUUUGUUUUUAUUUAGGACUAUCAGCCUUACAGUUUGGAUUAUUUCCCUUGAUUUCAAUAACACUAAGCUAGAAAUGCUAGUACUUAUUAUGGCAGUGUUGUCUUGUUACGGUUGUUGUUUAUUAUGAAAAAAAAAGCCUGUUUUCAACUUUAUUUUUAAACCUUGUAACAGUCCUGUUAAAGAAGUAAUUAGUGUUUUCUUUGGCAUGAAUGUUUGACAUAUGCAGUACGACACGUAUCAUUAAAAAAACGUUCAGUCUGUAUUGCGAACAAGUGCUUUUAAAACAACCAUCCAGCAGAAAUAAAGUUCUAAAUGAACCAAG